AUGGCGAUCCUCGGGGAGCUCGGGAUGGAGAUCCUCAUCCCCGUCUGCGGGGUCAUCGGCAUCGUCUUCGCCGUCGCGCAGUGGUUCAUCGUCUCCAAGGUCAAGGUCACCCCCGGCGCCUCCUCCGCCGCCGCCGGCGCCAAGAACGGCUACGGCGACUACCUCAUCGAGGAGGAGGAGGGCCUCAACAACCACAACAUCGUCGUCAAGUGCGCCGAGAUCCAGACCGCCAUCUCUGAAGGGGCAACAUCAUUCCUUUUCACCAUGUACCAGUACGUUGGUAUGUUCAUGGUUGUCUUUGCUGCGAUUAUCUUCCUCUUCCUUGGAUCGAUCGAGGGAUUCAGCACAAAGGGCCAGCCCUGCACCUACAGCAAGGGCACCUGCAAGCCAGACCUAUACACCGCUCUCUUUAGCACUGCAUCUUUCUUUCUUGGAGCCAUCACAUCUCUGGUGUCUGGUUUCCUUGGAAUGAAGAUCGCCACAUAUGCCAAUGCCAGGACGACCCUGGAAGCAAGAAAUGGUGUUGGGAAGGCAUUUAUCACCGCUUUCCGCUCUGGUGCAGUCAUGGACUUCUUGUUGUCAUCAAGUGGUCUUGUGGUUCUUUACAUCACCAUCAACGUGUUUAAGAUGUACUACGGUGAUGACUGGGAAGGUCUUUUCGAGUCCAUCACUCGUUAUGGUCUUGGUGGGUCUUCCAUGGCUCUAUUCGGAAGAGUUGGUGGAGGUAUCUACACUAAGGCUGCUGACGUGGGUGCUGACCUUGUUGGCAAAGUUGAGAGGAACGUUCCUGAAGAUGACCCAAGGAACUCAGCUGUGAUUGCUGACAACGUCGGUGACAAUGUUGGUGAUAUUGCUGGAAUGGGAUCAGAUCUCUUUGGUUCAUACGCAGAAUCUUCCUGCGCUGCUCUUGUUGUUGCUUCCAUCUCAUCUUUUGGAAUCAACCAUGAUUUCACUGCGAUGUGCUACCCACUGCUCGUAAGCUCUGUAGGCAUCAUUGUUUGCUUGCUCACCACACUCUUUGCAACUGACUUCUUUGAGAUUAAGGCUGCAAAUGAAAUUGAGCCUGCUCUGAAGAAGCAGCUCAUCAUCUCCACUGCUCUAAUGACUGUUGGUGUUGCGGUCAUCAGCUGGUUGGCUCUUCCAGCUAAGUUCACCAUCUUCGACUUCGGUGCUCAGAAGGAAGUGUCCAACUGGUAA